CUGGUAUAGUUAAACUACCAAUGAGAGCAGUGUACUCUAAAGAGAGAGAGAGAGAGAUGGAUCAAUCGGAAAAAGAAUCAAUCAGAGAGGCGUCCGAAGAGGUCUCCCGUGAAUUCAAAACCCUAAUCGAUGCGGAGGAAUUAGAUUCUCUCAAGCAAUUACAGCUCCUCAUAUUGGGAAGGUUGCAGGACAGCAAUGCGGUUCUUUCACAUUUUAACGAGUACUCAGAGAAUUGCUUUGAAGAGGUUUCAAGUGAUUUCUCUAAAAACACACGUCUCUUACAGUCUAUGAAGUCAGACCUUGAUUACAUAUUUCAGAAGCUGAGGAGCCUAAAGAUGAAGAUUUUGGCGACCUAUCCAGAUGCAUUUCCAGAUGGUUCAACAAUAGAAGCACUCGACAGAAGACCGGAUCUUGAAAUACCCCAAUGAGCCUAGUUACUAAACAUCUCAAAAAGUACCUAUGCUACUCUUCCCAUGGGGAGGGAGGGGGAUUUGAAGAAAGAUUCUAUGUUAGUUGUAGAUUCACAUGGAAAGUUUCAUGGUAGAGUCUUGCUGUAAUUGUAAUAGUAAUAAUUUAAAUAAAAAUCUUUCAAGACUAUUGUGGCAACAGGGUUAGCAGUUUCUUUUCUUGAUUGAAGCACAUUGCAAAAACUGGAAAAAAAAAAAAAAAAAAAGGGCUUACCCUGUACCUAAAUCUUCAAAUACCAAACUCUAUAAUUUCAAUUUUAAGGAUUUUUUAGGCUAUGUUGCCCGCUACCGUGCUCUCUAUUUUUCACUAUGUACCCAGACAAAAUUUCAAACUUCAUGGAUCAGGACGAUUAUGAUACAUUACAAUAAAUGAUAGAAGUUUAGUAAGUAUAACUUUUCACCUAAAUAAUACAUGUUUACUGAAUCUCAACAUCUCUCUACAACACUCCAUAUUUUCUUAUUAUUAUUUCUAGUCUUCUAUAUUAUUCAAAUGAAAAUAUAUAUGAAGAGAAAUAGUAUACAUGUUGAAUUUUUUAAACAUAAAAUAUAUAUAUAUGUAUUAUAUUAUUUCUAGUCUUUUGGCUGUGGACUUAACCCAGUACAAUUGACCAAUAAUAAUGAAUAUUAAGAAAAGAAUCUACUAGCAACCCACAACCCUAAUAUUAAAAACUGAUACAAGAGAAUUGAAGAUAAAAAUCUUAGGUACUAAAAACAACAAAACAUAGAAACAAACCACCUUUGUUAUCUAGUUUCCUUGUCAACAAGACAUAAAUAUUUGUCUGCCAAAAAACGAAUAUAUAUAUAUAUAUAUAUAUAUAUAUAUAUAUUAGCAUUCUACCCAACCUAGUGAAAGAUAAAUCUAAAAUUAUAACAUUAAUAAAGACAAAUACAUUCUCAGCAAGUGAUUAUUACGUAGUGCAAAAGUAAAAGCUUCAACAAACAAACAUGAGUGAGAGCAAUAAAUCUGUACAAGUGGGACCAGCACUACGCCCAAAAAAAAAAAAACCAAA